AUGUCGGAGCUUACCACGCCUGGAAAUCGGAAAUCUUACGGUCCAAACCUUGAUUUCACCGAAGCAAGCGUGGUGUUCGAUGAACCUCCCCAGCAAGUAGAGCAAGAAGAUUCAGACUCGGAUUCAGAUUCUGGUCUAUUUAGUAUACCAAUACAAAAGACGCAGAAAGCUAAGGAGGGAGUUAGUGGAGAUGACUCUUCUGGCAUUUCCAAGCGGCCAAGUUUGACUGUCAAAACCUCAAGGGCCAAAAAGGGCCUUUCCGUGUCUUGGGGCUCACCUCAACAGGACAGCUCAUCCUCAUCCAGCCUUCCAAAAUUCCCUGAUUUUGACAAUCAGCGUAGAGAUGAAAACGAGCGGACCAUUGAAGAAACCGAAGAAGAGAAACAAGCAAAAGUACUCCGGAGACGAUCUUUUGCUCGAACCGAUACCUGGGCUCCCAGACCUCCUGAAGAGAACAUUCUCCUCAAUCUAGAAGACUUCUUUCCCAAUCUCAAUGUAGAUGAACCAGUGAUGGACGAAGGUGUUGGUGGGUCCCCGCCAGUUUCUCCUAUUGCAGAACAAGAUACAGUGGAUUCAGCUACAACUACGACUCCUUCAAUGUCUUCUCUAUCAGUUGCCGGAUCUUCUAUGCUUUCUACGCCUAGAACGAGCAUGUAUGGUGACGGAGACACGCUCGGAUCAGACGAAUCGACCCUAAAAGCACUCGAAAGACCGGGCUCUAUGCAGAGUGUUGCGCAGCGCAACAUUCGUCGCUCUGGCGGCUUGGGCCGAAUGAAGUCGAUUCGUGAAGUGGCUAGAGGAGCCCACGAAGCAAACAAGCGUUACACUUCGGCAACUGUUGCUCCACAGAAGGGCGACAAGACUUCAAGCAUGAUCCAGCGUCGUAAAAGUACUAAGAUGUUUGGUGCUAAUAUUGUUCAAAUUAAACCUCAGCGUGGUAGCCUACUGAUCCCUCAGAUCCCACAAGACACAAUACCCAAACGACAAGCCACCUUCAGGUGGUUUAAAGGUCAACUAAUUGGAAAGGGUACUUACGGGCGUGUUUACCUGGGUAUGAAUGCUACAACUGGAGAGUUUUUGGCUGUGAAACAGGUUGAAGUCAACUCCAAAGCGGCUGGAAAUGACAAGGAAAAAAUUCGUGAGAUGGUAGCAGCACUAGACCAAGAGAUUGAUACCAUGCAGCAUCUUGAUCAUGCGAAUAUUGUGCAAUAUCUUGGUUGUGAAAGAGGCGAGAUGUCUAUCAGUAUCUUUUUGGAAUAUAUUUCUGGUGGUAGUGUAGGAGGUUGUCUUCGAAAGCACGGCAGAUUUGAAGAGACGGUCGUCAGUUCGCUAACUCGUCAAACUCUCGAUGGGUUAGCAUAUCUUCAUCGAGAAGGUAUUCUUCAUCGUGAUCUCAAAGCCGAUAACAUCUUACUCGAUGUUGAUGGAACGUGCAAGAUUUCUGAUUUUGGUAUCUCGAAGAAAUCGGACAACAUCUAUGGCAACGAUGCAUCCAAUAAUAUGCAGGGAUCCGUGUUUUGGAUGGCCCCUGAAGUCGUUCGGUCACAAGGUGAGGGAUAUUCGGCGAAGGUGGACAUUUGGUCACUUGGCUGCGUUGUCCUAGAAAUGUUGGGUGGCAAACGACCUUGGGCCAAAGAGGAAACUGUAGGCGCUAUUUACAAACUGGGAAGUUUGAGUGAGGCACCGCCGAUUCCAGACGAUGUUGCCCAAGCCAUUAGCCCUGGAGCUUUAGGUUUCAUGAUGGACUGUUGGACUAUUAUUCCAAGCGAACGACCAACAGCCGAAACUCUCCUUACUCAGCAUCCUUUCUGUGAAUUGGAUACUCACUACAACUUUCUGGACACAGAACUUUAUGCUAAGAUUCGCGGCACAUAUUAA